AUGGGGAAGAAGUGGAACAGCAAGAGCAUAAUAGAUUCAGAGCUUCCAUCCGAUAUUCUUCUCCAAAUAUUGUUGAAGCUUCAACCAUUUUCCAAUUUAUUCACUUGCAGGCUAGUGAGUAAAGUUUGGAACGAUUGCAUUUCAAGUUUUAAGUUUGAGUCCAACCUUUUCAUUACCCAAAUUUCUCCUAGUCGUAAUCGUAGACGUAAUCGUAAUCGCUUUGACUGUGUGGACUUGGAUCCUAAACAUUUUGAUGGGAUGAAUCUUAUUGGGUCAUUUAAGUUGCAUUCUUCAUGGUGCUCCUCCUCUACUGGAAUUGUCAAUAGUUGUAAUGGAUUUCUUUGUAUCUUGAAUACCAAACGUGUUGCAAUGUUAAAUCCUAUGACAAAUGAGUACAUGGAGCUUCCGAGUAGUACUCAAUAUGAGUUGUCCGUUUAUGGACUUGGUUAUAGUCCCAAGACAAAGGGGUACAAAGUAGGAAGACAUUCGUACAAAAAUGGUGAGUUGUUAGUAGAGAUUUUAGCAUUUGGCACAAGUUUGGAGGAUCAAGAUGGGAAGGUUCAAAGUCAAUGGAGACAGGUAGCUAGCAUGAGUACAACCUAUAAAAUGUAUCGCCAUGGUACUUACUUUUACAACCUAUAA